UUUGGCCCACUGACUGGACUCGACUGGUUUCAUUUUCUCCAGUGAGCAGUGUUUGGUCAUAAUCACCAGACUUGGCAACGGGAGCUAGGUGGAAAUGUCUGCUCUUUGUGGGUUGCCAGGUUUUAGGGUCUAACAGUGUGGCAUCCACAGAGGAACCUAAGAAAUGGGGAUGUUUUAUGGCAAAAACUGCCCUUCUCUCUCUCUCUCUGUCUGCUCCACCCUCUUCUCUUUCACUUAUGACUUUCAUUUUAAGCCCAGCUCCUUCAUUGGAGCGGUGCAGGCGGCUUAGACUCGCCCUACAAGGUCAGGAUCAGGCGGGAUACAACGCAGAACGACACAACAGCAAGGAGAGCAGCAUCGCGGUAGUGCUGCCACAGAAACCAGAGGAGAAGGAGACAACACCUGAACUCAUCACUCCCACGGACGAAAAAGUCGAAGUCAUCAAGGUUUACCUUGAGUCCCGUCCAGAGACAGCAGAGAGCGUCAGGAUGCUGACGGACGAAGUGUCGCAGAUUCAGGAGGUGAGGUACUGUCUGAAGACUCUCAGAGAGCAGAUGGCAGCCAGGCAGAGCAACAACAACAACAAGUAUCCAGUUAAUGGCUUCAAAGUCACCAUACCCAUCAACCAACCGGCUGUCACCAACGGCAACGGCUUCCUCAUCGACACAGACUCUAACGUGGAGGAUAAUCAGGAGGAGAGCGCCAGGCUCAGGGAGGCGACCAGGCGGCUGUACUUGCAGCUGACGGAGAUGGAGAAGAGGCAUCAGGAAGAGAGGGAGAGCCUGCAGUCAGAGUCGGAUGAGUAUCGCCUCCGUCUUGCCGAGCAGUCGGAGCGGCUGCAGAGGGCGGAGGAGCAGUCGGAUGAGAGGGGUCAACAGGUGGAGGAGCUGCAGAGGCUGCUGGGAAAUAUGGAGAUCGAGAGCGGCGCCCUCAAAAAGAAGCUGGCUGCAGGGGAGGCGGAGCUUCUGCAGCUUCAAGAGGAAAGAGAGGACGAGGAGGAGAGCGAGCAAAGGUGUCUGGAGCUGGAGAAGGAGGUGGCCGUCCUCAAGGAAAAGAUCCAUCACCUCGACGACAUGCUGAAGAGCCAGCAGAGGAAGGUCCGCCACAUGAUUGAGCAGCUGCAGAACUCCCGGACCGUCCUCCAGGAGAGGGAUCGAGUCAUCAGGGAUCUGGAGGAACGGGUGGCGUUCCUGGAAGCUGAGAAUAGAGAAAUGCAUGACCACAUGGAGUACUUCCUGGCAGGCCAGGAGCCUCCACCACUGUCUACUGAGAAUAAGCCAGAGGUUGUUUACAGCAAAACGCUCAUGCCGACGACACAGACCAACAAAGCUCUGCCGUUCAUCAAAGUCAUCGAAAUCAAGUCCUGAAUGGAGUCACUACCAAAGCAAUGACCAUUAGUAAAUACUGUGUACAUAUAUAUUUAACCUCCUACCAGUGUGUAAAAAGUAGAUCUGCAGUGAGUUUAAAAAAAAUGAACAGACAUUGUGCACAUUGGUCUUCUGUUAGUAUCUCGUAGUUACUUCUGAUGCUGUUCUACAUAUCUUAUUGUUGGUUUUCUCAGCAUCAAACUGAAUCUAAACUGGGAUCUGGUGGUAGGAGAAAUCCUAAAAAGGAAACGAGGAAAGAGCAAUGCAAAGAAAUCUACUGAAUCUGCGCAUUUUGUACUUACUCUGCAAGAGUUCAGUAACAUCCCCAAUGUAGCCCCCGUUCUGCAGAAUCUGAAUAAGCUGUUUCAACAGGUCAGUGUACAACGCAAGUCAGUUAAAAAUCCAUUAUUAUUCCUGCAGGUUAAAUGUGCAGAUAAUGUGUUUAGUGAUUGUGGGCCUCCUCGACUACAAUCCUUCAGGGUCAAAUUCCUCAGCGCUUUGCACCACGUUGCCAACGGCAGGCAAGCCGUGUCAAGGUUGAAACAUGAUUUAUGUCGAACUUAAAUACAUUUUUCUCUGACGUUAGUGGGUUAAACAUAUAAGACUGACAACUUUAUAUAUAUGACAUCUUUGAGUAGUGCUGGUAAAUACUUACUAGAGGCUCUUUUCAAUCUUUUUUUUUUUUUUUACUUUAUUGAUGAGAGACGGGAAAGUGAGAGAAGAAUGAGGAAGGACUUGCAGCAAAGUUCCAUGAGCUGAAUUUAAACUCAUGAUCGCUGCAUCGGGGACUUAAAGCUCCAUUUAUGGGUCACCCGCUCAACCUAUUGAGCUACCCUAACCUGCUCUUUUCAUUGUUAUCUUCUCUGCCAAGUGUUGCCUCAACGUGCUUGUUGUAUAUUCUGUUUGUGUGUAAAGGUUACAUAUUUAAUAAUGCUGAUUUUACUCAUAAUCUUACUUUCUUAUAUAAUCAUGCAUUCUUUGCGUGGACUUUGUUUCUCUCUGUAAAAUACCAGGAUGAACAUUUUUAUAAAGUAACCCUUUACUGUGAACAUUGUAGAUAGACCCACUGAAGUUCAUUCUUUGUCCUUUCAUUGUAGAUUUUGUUCAAUCUUAUUUAAAUCUAAUAAAAAACGUUUGUUGGACCCA